AUGACCUUGAAGUUCUCUUCCAACUUUGAUAAUUCUGUGAUUAAAGGAAAAGAUGGCGGUGCACAGAAGCCAACACGUCCGGGUCCCCAAACAAAUGAGUACGCUGAUGCCCAGCUUCAAGAGAUUGUCAAAAAAUUGCGUGAAAGGGCAAAUGUCUAUAAGGAAAAGCUGAAUGACCCAGUGAUAUCUUCACCUGAAGCAAGUCCUCCAACUUCACCAAAGAAGCCUCCACCCCCACCGAAAGAUGAAAAAAAAGAUGAAAAAAAAGAUGAAAAAAAGGAAGAAAAGAAAGAGGAGGCAGAAGCAAAGCCAGAGGAGGAUCAUUACUGUGAUAUGCUGUGCUGUAAAUUCAAAAAACCUCCACUGAAAAAAUACAUGGAGUAUAUGAAGCUACCAGAUACCAUUGACUCAUACACAGAUCGCCGCUAUGUGGCGUGGCUCAUGCUUGUGACAAUUGCCUAUAACUGGAACUGCUGGUUCAUUCCCCUGCGCUAUGUGUUCCCGUACCAAACCCCCAGUAACACCAUAUACUGGUUUGCCAUUGAUGUCAUGUGUGACAUCUGCUACCUGUGUGACUUGAUAAUUUUCCAGCCCCGAGUGCGGUUUAUCAAAGGGGGAGAUAUAAUAUCAGACAGAGCAGAGACGGAGAAAUUCUACCGCAGUUCUCUGAAGUUUCGGCUUGAUGUGAUAUCAGUGUUUCCAUUUGACAUUUUAUACUUCUUCUUUGGAUUUAAUCCAGCACUUCGAGCAAACAGGAUGCUAAAGCAUAACACAUUCUUUGAGUUUAAUGAUCGUUUGGAAGCUAUUAUGGAAAAAGCAUACAUCUACAGGGUCAUUCGAACAACUGGAUACUUGCUGUUUAUCUUGCACAUUAAUGCAUGCCUGUAUUAUUGGGCUUCAGACUAUGAAGGAAUUGGCAGCACUAGAUGGGUGUAUGAUGGCGAAGGAAACAUGUACCUGAGGUGUUACUACUGGGCAGUUCGUAGUUUAAUCACCAUUGGUGGCCUUGCAGAACCACAAACGCUGUUUGAGAUAAUUUUUCAACUGCUGAAUUAUUUCAUGGGUGUCUUUGUCUUCUCCAGCUUAAUUGGUCAGAUGAGAGACGUAAUUGGAGCAGCAACAGCAGGGCAGAACUACUUUCGUUCCUGUGUGGACAACACUGUCUCCUAUAUGAACACCUAUUCUAUUCCAAAGUUGGUGCAGAAUCGUGUUAGAACCUGGUAUGAAUACACAUGGGACUCUCAAGGAAUGCUGGAUGAAUCAGAAUUACUGGAGCAGAUGCCAACCAAAAUGCAUUUAGCCGUUGCAAUUGAUGUGAACUUUGCCAUUGUCAACAAAGUGGAUUUAUUCAAAGGCUGUGAUACCCAGAUGAUAUACGACAUGCUGCUAAGAUUGAAAUCCAUUGUAUAUUUACCUGGUGACUUUGUCUGCAAAAAGGGAGAGAUUGGCAGAGAGAUGUACAUCAUUAAACAGGGUGAAGUUCAAGUCCUGGGAGGCCCUGAUGGUACCAAAGUCCUGGUUACACUAAGAGCAGGAGCUGUAUUUGGGGAGAUCAGCCUCCUAGCUGCAGGUGGAGGAAAUCGAAGGACUGCCAACGUGGUGGCUCAUGGUUUUGCCAACCUUUUCAUUCUGGACAAGAAAACACUCAAUGAAAUCUUGGUGAACUAUCCUGACUCAGAAAAACUUCUCAUGAAGAAAGCAAAGGUGCUCCUGAAGCAGAAGGGGAAACCUGCUCCGGGACCACCAGUGCAACAACCACGGGGCUUGGCCAGUCUCUUUGGGCAGAAACAGGAAACUCCAAAAUUGUUUAAAGCAAUGCUUGGAGGAAAAGGAAAAGAAGGCCUUGCUAAGCUGCUGCAGCUGAAGAAACAAGAAGAAACUCAGGAAACUCAAGCUGCAACAGAGACCAAGCCAAAAGAAGAGGAGAAGAAACCUGUGGCUCCUGCAGCCCCCUCUGCACCCCCUGCUCAAAAGGAAAAGCCACAGGCAGAUGCUAAGCCUGCAGUUAUGCAGAGAGCAACCAGUAAGGAGUCUCUGAUCAUUAGUAUGACACCAUCCCCCAAGCCAGGAGAAGGAGAGAUCCUUAAAGUUGAAAUUAAAGAAAAAGAAAAGAAAUAGAUGGUGUAUUGGGGUGUGGCCCAUCUACUUGUCUUGCAACAUUCAGAGGGCUGCCUGGACUUCGCUUUUGGGUAUAGAAUAUAAAAGUAGAGACUACGCAUGAGAAAAAUCUACUCCAGCUCCUUGUCUUCCUGCCCUCCUCUCCUGGCACAACUGCACAAAUUAUUUAUAUUCUUAACCUUGACACUGAAGAGAGAACUUUUGGUGUAUUAGAAAUUACGGCUCAGAUUGUAUUUGACGACCAUUUACUUGUUUCUUGUUUUAUUCAUGCUCUCCCUUUUCUCUUACUCUGUCUUAUUCCUACUUCUCCUCUUCCCUCUCCUCUUUAUUCUUGCUUUCUUCCUGUUGUUCCUGUUGCUUGGUUUGCUCUUAGCUUUUUUGUGUAUUCUUUUCUGUUUUCUCCUCUUCCUUCCCAUAGUUAUCCUUUUCAUUGCUACUGCCCUACUGUUGCUAAGGUUCCUUAUGUUUCUCUCUAUCCUUCUCCCUCCUUCCCUUAUACUUCUAAUUGGUGACCUGGGUUUGUGACCAGCGUGACUCAGAGCAGACAGCAGGUGAUAUGUGUUGGGAUGUUUUACCUUGGGACAGAGGGCAACAUAACAAAACCAUUGUCAAAAAAUAAAUCCCAAAAUCUGCAAUUGGAAAGCAGAUUAUAGAAUUAUUGCCAGCCCUUUGAAAGCAUAAACAUCUGCUCCAGCUGUCUUUGAUUCUGGCAAAUUAACAUGGGAAAGACUCAG